AUGUUUAUUCUCACCAAAAUCGCGGAUCUUGUCCAGAUCGUACCAGAAGAUUUCAACAAGGACGCAGCACAAGCUAUCGAGGAUAACAUCAAUGCUAAAUAUGCCAACAAGGUCAUUCAAAAGAUCGGGCUCUGCAUCUGUCUUUAUGAUCUCUUGUCUUCGUCUGAAGGUUUGAUUGGUCAUGGUACCGGUCUUGUCAACGUCAAUGUCGAGUUCCGCCUCAUAGUCUUCCGGCCUUUCAAGCACGAAGUAAUAGUUGGUCGUAUAAGCAGCGCCAACACGGAUGGUAUCAGAGUACGCCUUCCUUUCUUCGACGAGAUCUUCGUCCCCAGGCAAUCUCUUCCAGAAGGCUCCGAAUUUAGCGGCGAACAGAUCUACGAAUGGCGCACCGAAGACAACACUCUCUUCUUCGACACUCACGAGACCGUACGUCUCCGUAUCCAAGACGAGGUCUGGAAAGAUCAGAAUCCCGUUGGCCCUAGAGAAAAAGAAGAACCAUCCAAUAGCCUCACAAUCCCUGUUGGUAGUGGCAAGACCAAGAACAGUCCGUACUCGCUGAUUGGAAGCAUGGAUGAUGCAGGAAUGGGACCUAUCAUCUGGUGGGAUGGCGAAGAAGCUGAGGAGGAGGAAGAAGCUGUUGCGGAGUGA